CGUUUUUGGCGGGUGAAUUUUUCAGCAUCGCCGCCAGCACUCCCACCACAGCCGCCAUGACAGUUGGAUAAAAGCCAAAACAACGUGGUCAUUUUUGAAAGCUCCACACAACUGUCGGACCAGUGUUCAGAUCAAGUCGAACAGUCUCGUCGUAUCUUCUGACAAUUUGUCCAUUAGAACUUUAACUUAUUUAGUUUAAAGAGGUGAAAGCAAACUAUAUUGCAUUGUGUCAUUUAAAAGUUUGUUCAACCCGUUAUUAUGGAUCGCGAUAUUGAAAUGGAAGAGAACCACUGCCGCAUAGCACAGCGGCUAGAAUUCCCAUUGAGUGACGAAGAAGAUUUGCAUGAAGCAUCUACGGGUAACAACCGAACUUCUAGCAACUCAUCGUCAGACCGUCUAGAUUCAUCUGGAAGUGAUGAAGGCCUUGGAAUGACCAUUCGGAUAACCAGUCCUAGAAAGCCAAGGUUUAUUCGCUCCAGAGCUCGAGAACCCAUGUCACCUCCAUAUAGUGGUGUUCGAGCUCUGAGGUUGUUUGAUUCCCCAGCAACUCCCAAGACACUUCUAGAAAAUAGUUCUGCCAUCAUGACUCCAGUUUUAGCUACGCCUGCACCCAGGAACAGAAUGAGGACAUUAUUCACCAUGAGUUCUACAAAAUCAUCUGACAAAAAAGAUAACAUGAAUACUCCACCUGCCGCCAAUGUCAACCCAUUUACACCAACUGGAAUGCUAUUGACUAGCAAAAAGAGAACCAGAUCUAAGCGAAGUCUCAAUGGGUCGUUAGUGAAUUCCUUUGACGAAGAGGUCCAUGAAGCAACCGACGAAUCAGACGAGGAGAUGCCCCCAAAAAGGAUUGCUCUGCAUCAAACUAGCGUCCCCAGAUACCACAAGGAAUUUCAUGAGAUCUGUCUGAUUGGUAAAGGCGAAUUUGGAUCAGUGCACAAAUGCCUUAACAGGCUAGAUGGAUGUACCUAUGCAGUCAAGAAAAGUUUAAUGCCAGUAGCAGGAUCUCCGAAUGAACGAUCUGCUCUUAACGAAGUAUGGGCACACGCAGUCCUUGGCCAGCACCCGCAUGUUGUUCGCUACUAUUCGGCCUGGGCUGAAAAUGGUCACAUGAUAAUUCAGAACGAAUUUUGCAAUUCCGGUACCUUGGAAGAAUUGAUUCGCACUAAUCAGCUAAACAAUGUUACAGUCAAUGAGCCGCAGUUAAAAUCUACGUUGUUACAGAUUGCAGAAGGAUUGCAUUACAUCCACUCAAAGCAGUUGGCCCAUAUGGAUAUUAAGCCGGGUAACAUUUUUAUCUGUCGAGAGAACAGCGACGAUUGUUCGGUUCAUCACGACAGCGACGAUGGUUUUGAUGAACUUGAUGACGAUUACGGCUCGGUGACGUAUAAAAUUGGAGAUUUGGGUCACGUGACGUCUGUUGUCCAGCCAAUCGUCGAAGAAGGAGAUUGUCGUUAUCUGCCCGUCGAAAUUUUACGGGAGAAUUACGAACAUCUGACUAAGGCGGACAUUUUUUCUCUUGGUCUCACAAUUUACGAGAUGGCUGGUGGUGGUCAGCUUCCAAAGAAUGGUGACGAGUGGCACGCGAUUCGUCAGGGUCGUUUGCCAUACAACGGCCGAUACUCGAUCGAGCUACACAAUCUUUUGGAGCUGAUGAUCCAUCCUGACCCAACGUUGAGGCCGUCGACCCAAGUGUUGACACAGCACCCUGUUCUAGGUCCCAAUGGUGCCAAGUCUAAAGACCAACUCAGCCGCGAACUGAAUGCCGAACGGCUUAAAAAUCGUCAGCUUUCCGAGAAACUUCAAGAAGCUGCUCGUCACAUUCAAAGUUUAAUGCCGCUAUCAAGGUUUUCUCUUGAAGAGCUGCCAGCCCCAAAAAUGCCCAAACUCCAAAAGAACGAGGCUUGUACGACAAGGCGAUUGCUAUUGGGGCGCAAAAUGAACAGAAGUCUUAGCAACGCAGAUUUUUGAAAGAAAAGGUAGUAAGUUAAAGAAUGAGGAGGAAAGAGAAACUUAUAACGACUUCUACACAUACAUAUUUCGCCAUGGCGAAAAAUCCGCACGUUUAUCCGUUGGAAAAAAUUUCAAUCGCCAUUUUCAUUUUUAAGAGAUUUUUUAAAUAUCAAAAUUUGAAUGUUGAAUAGAGAACAAAAUACUAGCCGUUUUAAGCCCCUCCCCCCAUCCCUUGCACGGAAAGAGGAAAGUUGGAUAUAGAAGUGCCUUGCGUGUUGAAUUGGUUCAUGCUGUGAUUUCCUUGUCGUUAAUCAGAAUUCUAUAUUUCUUAUAUGAUCCCUAAAUGGGACUAUCCCACUUUUUUUCGCUAUAGCGUUUCUAAAAAGUAUGGGAAUCUUUUUCACAUUUCAUUCCGGGAUUUUUUUGUGUGUUCGCGUGUUUUUUUUUUUUCUCGAUAACUCCCUCCCACACCCUUUUCUUUGGGUAUGUGUUAAUUUUUUUCCCUUUCCCGUCGUCAACCAUGUUUCGUGUCAAUUGUACUGUAAAAAAAAACAGGGAAGUUUUAUUACACGACUUAUUAUUGUCUGGAAAA